ACAUCAGCUGGCUUUUCUCUCCGCAAAGUUCGGCUUGAUGAAUAUGCGUGCCACAUUCGCUUACACUUAUCGUAUCCGAAAGAAAACACAAGUAUCUACCGAGAGGUUGUAAAACAAGCUUUCAUGGUGUUUAUCUCUAAGUAAAUUAAAGAUGACUGUCCUGACAAAAGUUAAGGUGAGCAAGAAGGAUGAUGAGCCUGUCCAGACACACCUAGUUGAAGAGAAGACUGAAGAUGAUCUGGAAAAUGAGGCCGCUGCCUCCGACGAGGUGGACGCCGAGGCCGUGCGGUACAUGGUGCUCUCGCAGCGCGCUCGGCGCAUCAACAGCUCCAGCAUCUGCGUGCUCACCGCCAUCCUGCUGACGUUUUCGCUGUGCAUCGUCUGCGGGAUCUUCUACUACCAGCACAAGCAGAAAAUGCCCUUGCACGCUUGGUGCAGCAUCCCGUACCAGGGCCGCACGAACAACGACGACCUUCUGCGGCCAGACCUCUCGGACGUCGAGCUCUUCAACCCGAAGGGCGGCGCGGACCGCGCCGCCGAGCCGAUCCAGAUGUUGCCCGUGUUCCACGAGGAGUUUGACAUUGACGUCGAGGAGAACAUGGAGACCAUGUUUGUGCCGGAGUUCGAGUGGGGCCAGAGUGCGCACUUCGUGAACGACUUCACCGCCGCCCAGACGGUGAUCGUACCGGAGGGUGACGCCAGGCUGCCCUGCCUGCUGAUGGAGCUGGACAUGCGCACCUUCCUGGAGCCCGGGCCGCUGGCCGAGCGCGUCCGACGCAUGGAGAAUGGUGACGAUCAGCCGGACCCGACGCUGGUGACGCAGGAGACUAUGUCGAUCCGGCUGCCGGCGCUGACCGACGGCGUCAGCUCGCACAUCCGCCGCGCAUGCGCGGGCGUGGCCAUCUUCGCCCUGGAGAGACGCAACGUCUUCAAGCGCUCCGCGGACGGCGAGCGGACCGGCAGCGCCAAGUUCGCUGUCUACGGCGGCCGCGGCAUCGUCCAGUACACCAUCACCAACCUGGCGGACGCCGUGUAGAGGGUGCAGCGCGCCAGCGCCGGGACGGCCUGCGCCGGCGCCGUACAUCCUCCCCCCCUCCCCCCCCCCCCCCCCCCUGUGGUUAUUAGACGCGAGCCGUAACGUGGCGGGCUCGUUAGAUGUUUACUCCACCCGCUAUGCCACUCGUAAAGGAACUAGUCUGUAGUUGCCGGCUGUCUCGCCGACGUUUGCCGUAGAGCGCAGAGCCUCGACGCCAGACGGCCGCUGCUUUGUGUUGUAUUCUCUCGCUGCUCGUGCGGGCGGCGGCGCCCGAUGUGACGGGUCUUUCCGCGUCCUCGCAGUUCGGUUCCCGUAGCUUGUCUGUCGGGGGCGCUUCGUAGGGGGCCUUGCCUCUCGUCGGCUACCAGCAACGCACUCAUGGCUGUCGCGCCGCUGUUCGCUGCGGCUGUCGCGCCGCUGUCGGGCGCGGCUGCCGCGCCGCUAUCCGCUGCGGCUCGGCCCGAUCCACCCACGCUCCGAGCGACAGUGAUGUUGUCACCUGCUCCGAAGCUGGCUCCGGUGUGGUGAGCGGUGCUCUGUGCGGAUGUCUCGGACUCAAGGUCUUGACAUUGCUAAAAUUAUCUGCCUGUCAGCAUCGAUCUUGCGCGGCAGUGGCGAUCGUUCUCUCGGUGUUUUGACGCUCGUAUUUUCUCGCCGCCGUCUCCGUUGCUUCUAUAAGGCUCCUGGACGUGCCGCGGGCUCAGAGGGCGCCGCGCCGCACGUGGCUAAGGGCGCACGUCAAAGCUUGCCCGCAGUCUGCGGUUCUGCGGUGAGGCGCGACCCAGAGGAUGCGUUGCUCAGGCCUGUGAACCAUUCCACUCGCCAUGUGCAGAGACAGCUGCAUUCUGCUGAGCUCGGCGGGGCGACGCUUCAGUCAUCCCGCGGCCCCAUCCUGUGUCACACAGCUGUCGGCAGUGCCGGGCGAGUUCACCUUUGAUCGGGACGUCCCUUCCGCGAGUGACGGUCGGAUUGUCCGUGACACCGUGACUGUGUGCGUUACUCUCCUGUAUUCCUCCGGGGUUGGCGCCGCCACGCGGCCCCUGCUGGCCAGUUGACUGUACCGUGCGAUCGUGAAAUAAAGACAGGUCGGCGUCAGCGCCACCGUGCUGGCCAGUCGUCACACGAC